CGCAAGAACUUUACAUUGUUCUGUUGUUCGACAUCUCACAACCCAUCUACCCUGCAACCCAAACCAUCACCCACCAUGGACCAACCCAGACUCAAAACCACAAUCGCCGUCAUUGGCUGCGGCGACGUCGGCGCCACACUCGCCUAUACCCUCAUCCUCCAAUCCAUCUGCACCGAAGUCCUCCUCGUCGACCCCAAAACGUCCCUCCUCGACGGCCAAGUGCGCGACCUGAGCGACGCGACCUCGCGCAGCACCAAAGUGCGCUCUGGCACGCACCAGGAAGCCGGGCAAGCCGACAUCGUCGUCAUCACCGCGGGCGCGAAGCAAAAGACGGGAGAAUCGCGACUGUCGCUACUCACGCGCAACCUGAAUAUUCUGAGCAACGGUGCUGCUGUUGGUUGCGAACCCGGUGGAUAUCUUGGUGUAUUUUGCGAGGAUGAUGAGUGGGUUGCCGGAGAAUCAGGUGUUGGGUACGGGGACGAGUUUGGAUUCGGCGAGGUUGAGGGGGGUUUUGGCGGGGAAGGCGGGGAUGAGUUCAAAGAGGAGGUUGCGAUGAAGACGCGUGGAGCAGCUGGUGCUAUCAUAGCUGCUAAAGGCUGUACGUCUUAUGGCAUCGGCAACGUUGCGGCGAGCAUUUGCAGACACAUCCUAUUCGACUCGCGGACAGUGCGCCCAUUGUCAUUCUUCCAACCCGAGCUCGGCUGCUGUCUUUCAAUGCCGGCUGUGUUAGGUCGCAGGGGUAUUCUCAAGGCAAUGCCAAUCGAGCUGGAUGCAAGCGAGAAGCAGGAGUUGGAAACGUGUGCGAGAGGUCUGAGGGCAGUUAUUGAGGGCGCGGAGAAAGAGCUUAGUGCAGACAAGGAGCUGAAGAAGGCCCUGGAGAUGGACAAGGGCACAUGA